CUUCUGAAUGGUCGUCAAUGGAAAAAGAUGUUUUUUGGAACCAUAUUGUGCAGUUACGGCACCUACAAGCAGGGCCUAACUGGACCAUACUAACUCGCCAAACCAAAUAUGACAUGCACUGGUAUUAAAUAUGUCCCAAAUAUGUGUGAAGAAUAUAGCUCUUCAUAGGUUUUGACAAACAUAUAGACUCAAGGCACAUCAUAUCUUAAGCAAUUUCUGCAACAUAUUGCAUGACAUGUUUUUUGGUUAAGUUAAGGUGUAGGAUAUUUGGCCUUUGUACGUGGGGGAGGCUAGACCUUACAUAAUUUAUUUUAUUAGGGAAAUAAACAAUACAGUGAACUAUUUUAUACUUGUGAGUUUUGUCGAUUUCAAGCUCAAAACGCUCCUCACAUUAAUGAUUCCAGUUGCUUGGUGAGGUGUUUGAGAGGGACAGAAGUCUUUGGUCCAUGUCUAAUAAUACUGUACAUGUUUGCAUUAAAAUUACUAUUCUAAGAUAAACAUUUAAAAAAAUGUUACCCCAGGAGGUAACACUAAUUAUAUGUUCCUUACACAAUCACAAGUAUGCUUUCGGCUUAAUUUAAAUUCCAGAAGUUACAUUACCUGCCUGUUCACUUGAAACCUGAUGACCAGCUCUCUGAAUUUGUAUCUUUCUUGUCAUUUGGAGUUAUUUGUCUGAUGGGUAAUGUGUGGGCUGAGCAGUUUUUUUAAAACCAUAUCACUGGAAAAAGAGAUAUCCUAAAAUUACUUCUCAUUAGUUUCUGUGCAUUAUUUUGUUUCUAUGCCCACACCUCUUAAUCAAUAGCUUUAAAUCAAUAGAACUAAAAGGGUUUGUCUUAUUGGCAUUCCUUCCUACCACAUGUACAUGUGAUACUUGUGUAAAUUACCUGCUCUGUCAUGGACAAUACAAACCUGACAGCUGGUGAUUUCAUUCUCAGUUGAAUAUCAUAGAGGGGAGACUACAAUUGCACUCUCAGUAUAUUUAAAAAGCUGUUGUAUUUGUGUUGAGAGUAGUAGUUUCAUACAAUAACAGAACUCUAAUGAUAUAAUCAGUGAAUAAAGCAAGUUUGGCUUGCCUGAGAGGGGGUCUGGAUGAUUGGCUAACAAUCGGGUUUGUUGUGAAGGCAUGGAAUGGUUGAGGCACAAUGAAAGUUUUAAUUUUGUGAGUAACAAAUUACUUGUCAUGUGAAGUUUCAACUUUAAAAUAUUUGUGUUGUACUAUAAGCCAAAAGCUUGAAAUGGAUGUGAUAUUUUAGAUAUAAAUACUAUUAGGAUUUACAUCCACCCUUGUUUUAUGCAAUAAAUAAAUAAUAAAUAUAAUAUUGAAGAAUACUUUACAUUUUAUUAAGUUAUCAACUAACAAACUUGUGAAUUGUGGAUUUUAGGAUUUCCUCUGCAAUAUUAUAUUCUAAUUUUAAUUAAACUCUUAGUUUAAAAAUGUCCCAAUAAACUAUAUUAAAAUACAAAAUACAUACAUCCCAUGAAUUUAUCUUGAUAUAUUGGGACAGUAUUUUUGGGUAUUAUUAUUAUCUAGGUAGAUACAAAGCAUUUGAGCAUUAAUAUUUGUGCCUACAAAAUGACAAAUUAAAAUAGAUUUUAUAGAGACUUAAAACAUUUGCAUUUAACUCGCAGAGCAAGCAUAGAAGUGUGAAGAUUAACAAAGAAGGACAGCUCAAAACCACACAACCUACUAGUGAUUUACUUGUUCUUCUGAUGAAUUCUUUAAACUCCAAAUGAUAACAUACAAUUCAAAUCUGCCUUGGGGAAUAGGGCAAUGGUUUCUCACUUCACUUCCUAAGGCAAUCUUUGUGUUCCCUCCCCCAUUUAUCCACAUAAAAGGACCAUGGGUCAUCUUGUUUUCAAUCAUCUGCUCACUCAUUCUCCAGCCAGAGUUGAGAACGACAGCAAGCCUCCUUCAAAAAGAUGUCUUCUUCCACCCGCACCUACAUGUCCUCAGCAGGGUCUUCUCGCCUCUCUACCAUGCGUACCGGUAGCGUGUAUGCAGGUGCUGGAGGAUCUGGGGUUCGUAUCUCCAGUGCCUCUGCUUCUCGAUCCUUUGCAACUGAAGGUGGAGCUGGAUUUGGAUGUAGCGCUGGCUUCGGAGGUGGUGCUGGCUUCAACCUGUCUGAUGCAGUUGAUGUCUCUGCAAAUGAGAAAGCCACCAUGCAAAACCUCAAUGACCGUCUGGCCUCCUACCUGGAGAAAGUGCGCUCCCUUGAAAAUGCUAAUACUGAACUUGAGCUGAAGAUCCACCAGUUUAUGGAGAGCAAGACAACUCCAUCUGAUCGUGACUACAGUGGCUUCUAUGCUACUAUUAGUGACCUCCAAGCCAAGAUUCAGCAUGCCACUGGUGUAAACGGAGGGAUCUACCUUAGCAUUGACAACUCCAAGCUGGCCACAGAUGACUUCAGGUUCAAGUAUGAGAAUGAGCUGAGCACGAGACAGUCUGUAGAGGCAGACAUUUUUGGCCUGAGGAAAGUGCUGGAUGAGCUGACACUGGUCAGAUCUGAUCUGGAGAUGCAGAUUGAGGGACUAAGAGAAGAGCUGAUCUUCCUCAAGAAGAACCAUGAGGAGGAACUCUUGGCAGUUCACAGCCAGAUGAGUGGACAGGUCAACGUAGAGGUAGAUGCCGCACCACAGGAAGACCUAUCAAAAAUCAUGGCUGAAAUCCGUGCACAUUACGAGGCCGUUGCUGCUAAGAAUCGCAAUGAACUCGAGGCUUGGUUCCAGUCCAAGACUGAAACUCUUAACAAAGAAGUCACUGUGAACACAGAAACCCUCCAAACGUCCAGAUCAGAAAUCACAGAGGUUAAACGCACACUCCAGAGUCUUCAGAUCGAGCUACAAUCACUACUCAGUAUGAAAGCGUCCCUGGAAAGCACCUUGGCAGAAACAAAGGCCCGCUAUUCUACUGUGUUGGGCAACUACCAGAUGCAGGUGACCAGUCUGGAAGAGCAGCUGGUGCAGCUUCGUGCCGAUCUUGAGCGUCAGGGUUAUGAGUACCAGAUGCUUCUGGACAUCAAGACCAGACUGGAGAUGGAGAUUGCAGAGUACAGAAGACUGCUGGAUGGAGAGGCUGUUAGGUGA